UAGGCGGCGCCCUUAGUGCCACCGCUGGCUUUUUGAAUCGGCGGCGGCGGCCGCUCAUGGCGGAGCCUGGCUUUGCGGCUGGCAGGUGGCGGCGCUGUUGAAGAAAGACAAGACAUAAUCAUGGCUGACAACAGCACACUGGUGUCCGAAACUGGGAGGAGUCUCCUGGCUGAUUCUUCUGUUCUUGAUUCAAAAAGUAUUGAAAUCUCUAAAGAGAAUGUAUUUCCUGGAUCUGUUUUGGAUGUUGAAGAAGAAAUGCCUCAAAUAGAAACAAGAGUGGUUUUGGUUCAAGAAGCAGGGAAAUGUGAGGAGCUUCUGAAGGCCUUGGAGACCAUUAAGAUAAUGGAAGUACCAGUUAUAAAGAUAAAGGAAUCUAGUCCUGGUGAAUCAGAAGAAAAGCUAAUAAAAAGUAUUAUUCAUAUGGAAAUUAAAGUGCCUUACAUAAAGAUAGACACGAUAGAAGAACUUGGAGAUUCGGAUUCCCCAGAAUUUGAGACUGUAUUUGUUAUAUCUGACUUCCAAGAUUCUGUUUUUAACAACCUCCGCAAAGCAGAUUGCCGUGUCAUUGGACCUCCAGUAGUGCUGCACUGUGCACGAAAAGGAGAGCCUUUACCUUUCUCGUGUCGCCCACUCUACUGUGCAAGUAUGUUGAACUUGGUACUGUGCUUUACGGGAUUCAGAAAGAAAGAGGAAUUGGUUGAGCUAGUGACCUUGGUUCAUCAUAUGGGUGGAGUUAUUCGAAGGGACUUUAGCUCAAAAGUUACACAUCUGGUGGCUAACUCAACCCAUGGAGACAAAUUCAGAAUUGCUGUAAGCCUUGGUACUCCUAUCCUGAAAGCGGAGUGGAUUCAUAAGGCUUGGGAGAAAAGGAAUGAAAUUGAUUUCUGUGCAGCUGAUGAUGACUUUAGAAAUCAGUUCAAGGUUCUUCCCUUCCAGGAUUGCAUGUUAAGUUUCCUUGGAUUCUCUGAUGAUGAGAAAGCUAACAUGGAAGAAAUGACAGAAAUGCAAGGAGGACGUUAUUUACCAGUUGGUGAUGAAAGGUGUACACACUUAGUGGUUGAAGAAAGUACAGUGAAAGAUCUUCCAUUUGAGCCUUUAAAAAAACUUUAUGUGGUAAAGCAAGAGUGGUUCUGGGGAAGCAUUCAAAUGGAUGCCAGAGCUGGAGAGUCCAUGUAUUUAUUUGAGAAGUCGGAGUCUCCUGGCCUCAAGAAGUCUGUGUCACUUCUCUCUCUGAAUACUCCAAACAGCAAUCGCAAAAGACGCCGUUUGAAAGAGACUCUUGCACAACUGACCAGAGAAACGGACAUGUCACCAUUCCCUCCUCGGAAACGCCCAUCAGCUGAACAUUCACUUUCUAUUGGGUCUUUGCUGGAUAUUUCUAACACUCCAGAGUCGAGCACUACCAGUGGAGAAACAUCAAAAUCCUGUGGAAAGCCUUCAAAAAACUCAACUCCUCUUCCACUAAAGCAGUCUGCAAGAUGGCAGGUUGCAAAGGAAUUGUAUCAGACAGAAAGUAACUAUGUUGAUAUUCUAACAACAAUCAUUCAGUUAUUUCAAGUUCCAUUGGAGAAGGAAGGACAGCUUGGAGGACCAAUCCUUGCACAGGAAGAGAUUAAGACCAUAUUUGGCAGCAUACCGGAUAUUCUUGACGUGCAUACUAAAAUCAAGGAGGACUUGGAAGAGCUUAUGAUUAAUUGGACUGAAAACAAAAGUAUUGGUGAUAUCUUUCUUAAAUAUUCAAAAGACUUGUUGAAAACCUACCCUCCAUUUGUGAAUUUCUUUGAAAUGAGCAAGGAAACUAUUACUAGAUGUGAAAAACAGAAGCCAAGGUUUCAUGCGUUCCUAAAGAUAAACCAAGCGAAACCUGAAUGCGGUCGCCAAAGCCUAGCUGAACUUCUUAUCCGUCCUGUUCAAAGGCUGCCUAGUGUUGCUCUACUACUCAAUGAUAUUAAGAAGCAUACAGCAGAAGAGAACCCAGAUAAAAUAAUUCUAGAGAGAGCUAUUGAAUCAUUAAAGGAAGUGAUGACACAUAUAAAUGAAGACAAAAGAAAAACAGAGGCACAAAGGCAGUUCUUUGAUGUUGUUUAUGAAGUUGAUGGCUGUCCAGCCAAUCUCUUGUCCUCUCACCGAAGCUUAGUUCAGCGUUUGGAAACUAUAGCGCUUGGCGAUGACCUCUGUGACAGGGGAGAACAGGUCACACUCUUCCUGUUUAAUGAUUGCCUAGAGAUUGCAAGGAAACGGCAUAAAGUUAUCGGUGCUUUCAAGAGUCCACAUGGCCACACAAGGCCUCCUGCAUCUCUUAAGCAUGUUGUUCUCAUGCCUCUGUCCCAGAUUAGGAAAGUCCUAGACAUCAGGGAAACAGAAGAUUGCCAUAAAGCUUUUGCUCUAGUUGUGCGGCCACCUACAGAACUCAACAACAAGCUACUCAGUUUCCAGAUGACAACUGAAGAGCCUCCUAAAGAAGAUUGGUUGAAGAUGUUGUGUCGGCACGUGGCUAACACUAUUUGUAAAGCAGAUGCAGAGAAUCUCAUUUAUACUGCUGAUCCUGAUUCAGUUGAAGUAAAUACUAAAGAUAUGGACAGUACUCUCAGCAGAGCCUCCAGGGCAAUAAAGAAAACAUCAAAAAAGGUCACAAGAGCAUUUUCUUUCUCAAAAACACCAAAGAGAGCUCUUCGAAGGGCUUUAAUGUCACAUAGUGCAACAGAAGGAAGAAGUUCCAGUUCAGCUAAUGACAGUUAUAUAGGCAGCCGACUGACUAGUACAUCUUCAUUAGCGUGUGCUCGUUCAUCUUCUACGUGCAGCCUAAACGGAUCUGUCAAAAGUGGUGUUAAUGUUCAUCGCUCCAAUUCUGUUGAUUGGAGCUUGCAAAAUUCCAAGCCUCGACCUGUGCUGUGUCCUGGCUCUCCAAAUAUUCGUCUUUCAAAUGUAGAAGAAAAAACGUCUUCCAAUUUAGAAAGCUUAAACAGUCAUGCCCUGGACAGGUCGUGUCCUAUCUGUAUUACUACCACCCCUUAUGGUGAUGCUGGAGAUAAUAACCAGUGUGGUGCUGAAAAAUCCUGUACAUCACAUACUAAAGCCCAACUCGCAUGAAGUGAGAAGAAAAUCUUAAUUCUUCUAAACCAAGACAGCAUGGUACAACUAUAUAAAACCCUAGGAUCCAUGAAGUUUUAAAUGGUGUUGGGUUUUUAUUUGACUUGUUCCAAUGCACGGGGUUGCAGUUAACACUCAAGUGUGGUCUAGUUCUAUUUCUCAUUCUGGAUGCGAAGUCGAUUCUUUCACAAAUCCUCUGAACUUUAUUUUUACUGAACUUUUUUUCUUAGUUCAUUUCUAAACUAUGGAAUUACUGCUAGUUUCAAUUCGGUUGUCUGAGUGACAGUGUAGCUCACUAGCCAGAGUUUGAGGACUUUAACUUGUUUGCAAGGAAAUCUUUGAGCAGCUAAUUUUACCUGUUUUUAGGUUUUUUGUUCCCUUGCUUGUAAAUAGAAAAAAUGUCCUGCAUAAAGUACUUUAGAGUCUAAUAAGAGCUGCUUUAUAAAGAGGAGUUUAGGGUUUAAUUUUCAGAUGUUGCCAAUGACUGCAAAUAGAAUGCAUGCCAUAAAUAGGCAUUAGAGUUUGUAGUGAGGUGGUAUAUCCUUACCCACUCAAAAUAUCCCACUUGGAAAGAUUCCUCAAGCACGCAGAUGCAGCAAGCUGCUGGACUACCAGGGCCUGUGUAUAUGCUGAAAAGCUUGCCCGUGCUAUGAAGAGCAAAAGAAGAUCAUUUGAGGGGAGCGUCUUCAGGUCUAAUGAAAAAUGAAUAUAAAAUCUCAUCUGAUUGAGAGAGGUUAACUUUUCGUACUAUGUAUUGAUGUGCUGGUUUCACCGUAAUUUUAAGUCCCAUAAGCAGCCUUUUCUGCUGACACUGGGAAAAGUCAGGUUUUGGCCUAGUUUGUGCCCAUCCAGGCACAGCUAAAGCAAGCUUUGACAAGUCAUACGUAUGCCUAUUGCCUUCUGUAGCCAAGAAGGCAUGUGUUCAAUCUGGGGCUCAAAGCUGGUAAGAAUACCAAGUGUUACAGUCAGAGGGGAGCUGUGUUUCUCUAAGAGAUUGUUGUAACAUAUUUUGCCUUCAAUUUGGAGGGAGAUGAUUAUUGCACAAAGCAUUGUGCAAGAUAUGUGCUAAUACUUGGUUAGCAGCUACUCUUCACAAACACGUUCUUGCAUUCUGAAUCUCUGAAAGCUGGUAAAAAGGAAAGUCCUUCUUGCACAUUUUUUAAAAUGUAUGUUUUCUACACAUUUUGGUGCAGUUUAACUUUGCUAUUCAAAAUCUAGAAAUGCUGAAUCACUAAUUCAAAAGCUACCAAUCUUAAGUAUCUUCUGUACUGUUACAUUCCUUGUAGUGUAUACCAACGUUGAGAAGUGACUACUGCAUUGUUUGUACUGGCUAAUAAAUGAUUAAAUAAUAAAAUAUUUUUUCUUCC